GUAUCUACCCACUACAUAUGAAAACCCCGUUUCGUCCGUUAAUUCAACCCAUCGCCCUCACCAGAUCAGAGAAACCCAAACAGAAAAUAAAAAAGUGCACCGCCACUCUCUCCCUCUCUCUCUGUAUUAUUUUUAUUUUAUUUUUUUCAAUUUUUGGUCAUACAAAUCAAUCAGACUCAAAUCGCACCCGAGCAGCGCACACCGUUUGUCUUCUCUCUCUCUCUCUCUCAUUCAUUCUUCGCUUACUUUGUGUUGUGUUUGGUGCCCAAUCAAAUGCCUAUGGCUUCCUCUCCUUCUCUUUUAGUUUCGGCUCCGCUCUCUCUCCCUCUCCCACGCGCUCGACAACGCCCCUUCGUUUUCUCUCCCUCUCGGACCAAACCCGACCCGACCCGACCCGCCUCAUUCCCUUUCCAUUCCCGCACCUUCCCUAGGGUUCCAUCUCCAUCUCCUCAUCUCCCUCUCAAGCUUCUCUGCUCGCGCGAAUCCAAAGUUUUUUGCGGAUGGUGGAGUCAAUCUCAGGGGAAACAAAGCGAUAUAAUUUUUGCUUGUGAUACAGCAAAGCUCCAGUUACAAAAGAAUCGUGGGAGAAGUCAAUUCUGAAGAGUGAAAUCCCUGUCCUUGUUGAAUUUUAUGCGAGUUGGUGUGGCCCUUGCAGGAUGGUCCACCGGGUGAUUGAUGAGAUUUCAGUAGAGUAUUCUGGGAGACUUAAAUGCUUUGUGCUCAACACUGAUAAUGACUCAGAGAUCGCUGAGGACUACGAAAUUAAGGCUGUACCUGUGGUUUUACUGUUUAAGGAUGGGGAGAAACGUGACUCUGUGGUAGGUACCAUGCCAAAGGAGUUCUAUGUGGCUGCCAUUGAGAGGGUACUGAAAUCUUAAUCGUAGUUCUGUGCAUGACUAGAAGCUUUAAGCAAAGUCAAAUCAAUUUUCCAGUAGUACCAUAAUAUUUGAAUAACUCGAAUCUUUCAACGGGUGUCACUACCUUGGCUGUAUAUAUGUUAGAUGUUUGUUUGCUUACCGGAUAACCCACAUAGGUGCUGGACUGUUGGAAUAUGUCAUCACUAUGGUGGUGAUGUUCUUCUCCCUUCUCAGCUUUUCAUAUUUUUUGGUUGAAGAACUGGCUUGAACUUUUGAAACUACAUUUUGUAGAUAUAGGUCGUUUCUUCCUUUCAGUUUUGUAAAUCUGAACGGCAUUAAGUUCCCUAUGCACAAGUUCUGAUUGGAACUUUUUAAAGGUUGAAAGUGAUCAUAUUUGGCAA